AUGGACGAUAAGUCGGUUGAAGCCGUCGAAACGCUGUUGGAAAAACACGUCAACAGCCGCGAACUGCCGGACCUGGCCCUGGUAAACUCGUUUGAAAAGAAAAAUGGUACCCCGCCAGACUCGGUGUUUGAGCUGACCCUGCUCCCCGAAGGGGAGUUGAAGCGUACCUUCUCCACCUACUCGGUGAUUGCCAUCGGUUUCGGCCUCACCAACUCCUGGUUCGGGAUCUCGGCGUCGUUGAUCACCGGUAUCCAGUCGGGUGGUCCUCUUUUGAUUGUCUACGGGAUCAUCAUCAUCGCCCUGGUGUCAUACUGUAUCGGUAUUACCCUUUCCGAAUUGCUGUCGGCGAUCCCGUCGGCAGGGGGGCAGUACGUGUGGACGAGAGUGUUGGCUCCGAGAAAGUACCUGAACUUCUUGGCCUACCUCUGUGGGUCGCUCGCUUGGGGUGGGGCUCUUUUCACCUGUGCCUCGAUGGCUCAAGCUAUCGCUAACGAAUUGAUGGGGUUCUGGGUAUUGAACCACCCCGAUCACGUCCCGAAAAAAUGGCAAUUAUUCGUCAUCUAUGAACUCAUUAAUGCCUUCCUCGUGUUGUUUAACUGCUACGGUCGCGUCUUGCCCAUCAUCGGGAAAACGGUCUUGUAUGUGUCGAUUUUCUCGUACCUCACCAUUUCCCUCACCGUGCUUAUUUGCUCUCGUGGCCACUACCAGUCCGCCGAUUUUGUGUUUGUCCAAUUCAACAACCAGACCGGGUGGAAAUCCGCUGGUAUUGCAUUUAUCGUUGGUUUAGUCAACCCCAAUUGGUCGUUCUCGUGUUUGGACUCGGCCACCCACUUGGCCGAAGAGACCACUAAGCCGAGAACUGAUAUCCCUAAAGCCAUCUUGGGGACAGUGACCAUGGGGUUCUUGACGUCAUUCACGUACGUCAUCGCCAUGUUCUUCUGCAUCAGAAACCUUGAAGACAUCUACAACUCCUCCACCGGUAUGCCCAUUUUGGAUAUUUACUACCAGGCCCUCGGUAACAAGGCCGGGGCCACUUGCUUGGGUGUUUUGAUUUUCUUGACUGCCUGUGGCUGUACCAUCUCCGCGCAAACCUGGCAAACGAGAUUGUGCUGGUCGUUCGCCCGUGACAACGGGUUGCCCUUCUCCAAGUGGUUGGCGGUGGUCAACCCCAAGUUGGGGGUCCCCUUGAACGCCCACUUGUUCUCCAGUGCCUGGGUGGCGUUGUUGGGGAUUCUUUACCUCGUGUCCGACGCCGCUUUCAACUCGAUGGUGGUGGGGUGCAUCACCAUGCUUCUCUUGUCGUACGCUGUCCCCGUGUUGUGCUUGCUCUACCGGGGCCGUAACAACAUCAAGCACGGCCCCUUUUGGUUGGGCAAGAUCGGGUUUGCCUGUAACAUCGUCUGUCUCUUGUGGGCGUUGUUCGCGUUGGUGUUCUUCUCCUUCCCUUCGUUCAUGCCCGUGACUGGGGGGACGAUGAACUACUUCUGCGUGGUGUUGGUGAUCUACAUGAUCAUCUCGUUGGGCUACUGGUGGUUCCCGAUUAAGAAGUAUGGGUGUAAGGAAAACUUUGCCGGCGGGUUAGGCAACAGCGAAGAGGUCGAGUUCCCUGAUGUCUGCUUGACUAAGAUUUAA